GUGAAAACAUUUGCGAGUUGUUUGAAAAGACUAAAAUUUUUAAUAAAUAUAAUGUGCAAUUGAUUUUUUAAUCAUGGCGACAGCUAGUGAAGAAGAGGACUUCAGCGGGAAUGAUUUGGAAUCGUUUACAUUGCCGGAAACUGUGUUAUGCGUUGACACAAUUUGUGGUGUUUGUUCUGCCGAAUUCCUGGAUGAAGAUGAUUUGAAACUGCAUAUGGUGCAGCAACAUCCAACUGAGCAGACUAUAUCUAGAUGUUGUCGAUUUUGCUCCUACAUAUAUGCUAGUUUAGAGGAAUAUGCAUCACAUAUUAUCAAUGUCCAUAUUCUCGAUUUAAAAUGCUGUAAAUACUGUUUACGUGUAUUUACUAUCACCCAAGACGUAAGAGGUCACGAAAAGAAGCAUUUGUCAUCUAGUUCGCCGAUUGAAUUGAGAUGUUCCAACUGUAGAAUGACUUUUAAAAAUAUAUCUAGUUUGGAAUCCCAUGAGUAUUUAAUGCACUUUGAUAUUAAAGACGGAGUGAUAUUAAGAGAUUGUUAUUCUCUUCUAUCUUCAUUCUUGAACAUAAACGCUAUUAAAUUUCUCAAAUCAUCAGGAGAUUAUCAAGAAUACAGAUGUGUGAGUUGUGAUUUUGUAACAUCAGAUUUUGAUUAUUAUAUACAGCAUUUAGAGCAGAAAAACUGCAGAUGUAUAGUCUGUGAUAAAUGUUGCCAUGUUUUUAAGGAUAUUAAAAAGUUAGAGAAACAUUUAAAAGCCAAUACUUGUGAUAACAAAGAUUAUAAUUUACCAUGUAAAAAAUGUCUGAAAAUGUACACAUACGAAGAAUUGCAAGAGCAUACAAAAGUUUGUACAGCCGUGAAAUGUCAUUCAUGUGACCUUAUAUUUGAUACGGUGAAGGAACGAAAUGAUCAUCAAAGUGAUGUUCAUCCAAUGAUGUUUUCGAUUAAAGAAUGUAAAUUUUGUCGUCAUGAAUACGUAGGUCAGGAAGCUUUAGAGAAACAUAUAAAGAGGACACACGAUAAAAGAUUACAUCUAUAUAGAUACUUUUGUAUAUAUUGUGACGAUACAUUAUUCGAUCAUCCGAAGAAGUUGUUCAACCAUUUUUUUAGAAAGCACAGAAAUUUGGAACCAUUUAUGUGUAAAAUAUGCGAUAAAACAUUUAGAUUAAGAAAGAGUUUUACGUUGCACAUAAAAUUGAAUCAUUUAAGUGUGGGUAAUGUUAGAUUUGAUGAUAAAUAUCACGUUAUAUUUGAGCAGAAUAAUUUUUCCAAUCAAAACAUUAGUAAAACUAACCAAAAAACAAGCGAACAACAAGAAAAAACAAAUGAUGUAAAAGUAAAAGAUAAAAUACGAGACAAAGAUGAUGUAGAGUUCGUUUUGUGUCACACAGAUAAUCAAAAUGAUCAGUUUGAUAAAGAAAAAAGAAGGUUUAAAGAUAGAACACUGCAAGGAGACAGUGAGGUAGAUCUAGUUUUAUGUCCCACAGAUAAAGAAACAGAUCAACCAGAAGUUAAAAGAGAAAAGAGAUUAAUUAAAAGAAAACGUAAAAUGAAACGUAAAGAUAUUACAGAAUGCAUUGAUUUAACGUUAGACGGCUCGGAAGAUUCAGACGAUGAACCUCUUAUCGUAAAAAGAAGACGUACGAAAAUGCGAAUUGAAAACAUCAAAUUUCCCAAAUGGCUGGAAAGAUCCAAACUUUUAAAGAGGAAUCGCGAGAAAUUCACAUGCAAAAUAUGUAAGAAAUAUUGUUAUACAUAUCAAAAUUUCCAACAUCAUAUGACACUACAUAAAAAUAAACUGAAUAAGAAAUGUAUUAUAUGUAGGAAAGUUUUUAAAACUACGGAAAAAUUGAAACAGCACAUAAAAAAGAGACAUUCGUCAUCAAAACUAACGGAAACAUUGAAGUAUGUUGUAGAAAGACGAAAGCAAACUAAUUAUCCAACAGAAAUUAAACCUGUUAAAGUUGAAAAGAAAAUUAUUAGCGAAUUAUUCGCUAAAACUAUAAAAAAAGUGAAUAUAAAUGCAUGCGAUAGUUCAGUUAAAAUAAAACCAGUCAUUGAUAAAUUAUCAGUUAGGAAAUUUAUUGAAAAUUUCACACCAGAAUCCAAUGGUAUCAACUGUAAAGGUAAUACAAUAUACAUAAAUAACAGUCUAACUAUUAAACCUAUAAUAGCACCCGAAAAGCCACAAUUUAUCAAAUUAAUCAAAUCAAAACACGACGAAUCUGUAUUCACGAAAUUAAAACAACCGGAAAGAUUUAAAACUAAAAGUAACAUGAAAUAUGAAGUAUCGAUAAAAAUUGCAGACCCAAAUGCUAAACCUAAAUUGAAUUUCGAUGGAACAGUAAAACCUAUUACUGAAAAUAUAUUUGAAUGUAUGGAUGAUUCAAUGGAUCGAGAUAUACCUGAAGUAGCCGAAGAAGUUAUGUUAGACGAUACAAAUGAAUCAAAAGAUAAUGAAUCUAUAGAUGUGCCACAAACACAAAAUUUACCAAAUAAUUUUAAAUACAAAGAUUUCCAUUUGGCACAUCUAACUCCACAAGCACCGUAUUACAAGAUAGUUAAAUUAAAAGACGUUACAGAUAAAUCAAAUGUACAACAAGAAAAAGAAAUUAAAUUACCUAAUGGUACUAAACUUGUGAGUGUCAAUCCAUUGGCGCAUCUCCUUGAUGGCAAACAUAUCGAUUUACAAACGAAUAAAUAUUACAAACCUAAAUUAGUCGAUGUGGAAAAAGCUGUUGCAGACGCUUUGUUGAAAACAGAAAAAAGAGCCCCGAGAUCGAAAAAGUCGAAGAAAACUAAAGUGGUUAAUGAACAGUAAGAGUAUUUAUAACUUA